CCCCGCUCACGUGACGAGCUAGGGGAGAAAGCGCCUGACGCCCCAACCCCCGGCAUUCACCGUGCUGCUCUUUCUUCCCGUAGUACCUCUGCCCCUCGCCCUUCAGCCAGCCGCGCGUCCCUCUACCCCGUGCCGGGGUCCCCCGGAGCCCUGUCCGCCAUGCGUCUCCUGCCUCUGGCCCCAAGUGGGCCUUGGCGGGGCUCGUCCCGCCCCGUGCCUUCCUGCAGUCCCGGGCUGCUGCUCCUCCUGCUGGGCGGCUGCCUGGGGGGCUCCGCGGCGGCGGCGCGCUCUCGGAAGCCCAAUGUGGUGCUCAUCCUCACCGACGACCAGGACGAAGUGCUCGGCGGCAUGACACCAUUAAAGAAAACCAAGGCUCUCAUUGGAGAUAUGGGGAUAACUUUCUCCAGUGCGUAUGUGCCAAGUGCUCUUUGCUGUCCAAGCCGAGCCAGUAUCCUAACAGGCAAAUAUCCACAUAAUCAUCACGUUGUCAACAACACUUUAGAGGGAAACUGCAGUAGCAAGUCUUGGCAGAAGAUCCAAGAACCAGAUACUUUCCCAGCAAUUCUCAGAUCAGUGUGUGGUUACCAAACCUUUUUUGCAGGGAAAUACUUAAAUGAGUAUGGAGCCCCAAAUGCAGGUGGACUGGAACAUGUUCCUCCUGGCUGGAGUUACUGGUAUGCCUUGGAGAAGAAUUCUAAGUACUAUAAUUAUACCCUCUCUAUCAAUGGGAAGGCACGGAAGCACGGUGAAAACUACAGCGUGGACUACCUGACAGAUGUUUUGGCUAAUGUCUCCUUGGACUUCCUGGAUUACAAGUCCAACUCUGAGCCAUUCUUCAUGAUGAUCGCCACUCCAGCACCGCAUUCACCUUGGACAGCUGCACCUCAGUACGAGAACACCUUCCGGAAUGUCUUUGCACCAAGAAACAAGAACUUCAACAUCCAUGGCAAGAACAAGCACUGGUUAAUUAGGCAAGCCAAGACCCCAAUGACUAAUUCUUCAAUACAGUUUUUAGAUAACGCAUUUAGGAGAAGGUGGCAAACUCUUCUCUCAGUUGAUGACCUUGUGGAGAAACUGGUUAAGAGAUUGGAGUUCAAUGGGGAGCUAAACAACACUUACAUCUUUUAUACCUCAGACAAUGGCUAUCACACAGGACAGUUUUCUUUGCCAAUAGACAAAAGACAGCUGUAUGAGUUUGACAUCAAAGUUCCGCUGUUGGUUCGAGGACCUGGGAUCAAACCAAAUCAGACAAGCAAGUUGCUCACUGUCAACAUCGACUUGGGCCCAACUAUUUUGGACAUUGCUGGCUAUAGCCUGAAUGAGACACAGAUGGAUGGGAUGUCUUUACUGCCAAUUUUGAGUGGUACCAGUAAUCUGACUUGGCGAUCAGAUGUCCUGGUGGAGUAUCAAGGAGAAGGCCUUGAUGUCACUGACCCAACAUGUCCUUCCCUGAGUCCUGGAGUGUCUCAAUGUUUCCCAGACUGUGUGUGUGAAGAUGCUUACAACAACACCUAUGCCUGUGUGAGGACCACAUCCGCGCUGUGGGAUUUACAGUACUGCGAGUUUGAUGACCAGGAGGUGUUUGUAGAAGUCUAUAACCUGACCGCAGAUGCGCACCAAAUCACUAACAUUGCUACAAGUAUAGACCCAGAGAUUUUAGGGAAGAUGAACUAUCGGCUGAUGAUGUUACAGUCCUGUGCUGGACUGUCCUGUCGCACUCCAGGAGUUUUUGACCCUGGAUACAGGUUUGACCCUCGUCUCAUGUUCAACAAUCAUCGCAGUGUCAGGACUCAGUUUUCAAAACAUCUUCUGUAGUGACCUCUGCAACUGGAUCCCUGUGCGCCUCUUCCUGAUGAAGUGAUUGGAGUAGGCGUCUGUAGCUAGUCUUCAAGACCAUGCCUGGAAGAGUUUCUGGACUGGCUUUGUUGUAAGUCUUGUUUGAAAAAGCAACCCAAUCAGCGACUUCCUUGUGCAAUGUGUUAAACUGUGAACUCUGUCCCUGUGUCAGAAAUGGCUGUCCCUGGUCCCGUCAUUCAGCUGAUAACAAAUGCUCCUGAGGUCUUUGUUCUUGCUAUACCCUCUCUGUCCUGGGGCUACAGUUCUUGAUUAUUCCCCCUGUGGUCCCAGUCUGAAUUUGUAAUCCCAUUCAGAUAAGUGGCUAUACCUUAUGGGGUAAAAUGUUUUUGGUCUACAGUUUGACCUAAAAUCAAAGGACCUGCAUAGCAUUCCAGAUUGAGCACUUUACUAUCAAAAAUACUAACAUCACAUGGCUUCAAAAAUAACCAUCAGAGCUAAAUCAUCUCACUAAGGACAAGUUCCAUUGUUUUUAGAUCAGUAGAAAUAAGUCAACCAAGCUCUGUUCAUUUUUUGGCAUUCUGGACUGGUGCUACACUGAAAUAGAACAGUAAGCUUUUAGUAAAGGCAAAUUCCAGGUAGGUAGGGAAGGGGAUAGCCAUCUGCUUUCUGGUAGCUGCUGAGUACAUGAGUGCCAGCUAACAAAGGGGGAUCAGGAAAUAGCUCCUCUCUCAUAACUUUCCGCUCUGAGAAAUUAAGCGGCUUAGGUACCUCAGCAGAGAGCCAGAACUUCCAAGGGUUGGUGAAGGUUGCGUUUUCUGAGGGCCUCCUGCAGAGGGCCUUUUGGGUUAACGCGUUGAAAGGCUGUAGUUGGGGGUUAGUGAAGUGCCUGUCCAGCGGGGAGCCUGGGCUUCAGUUCUGUGUGGGACGUUGUUUUGACUCUGCAUAUUGUUGGCAUUCUGUUCAUUUGUUACAAGAUAUAAAAAAUUUUUAUUAUAAUUGGUACAAAGUUCUAAGUACUUUACCCUUACCUUCUUCCCUUUCACGUAAGUUCUUCCUGAGUUUGGGACUCUUGUGUAAUUUGGGCCCCAUUCACUAUUCCCCUGUCAAAAGUAGAUCUUGCUGAGAUUUUCUCUCCGUUUAGAACCACCUACGUUUUUGUGUUUCUUGCCUUGAAGACCAAUCCCAUUUCUACUGUUUUCUUCACAAGAAGGCUAAUUAGUGGUAGGGUAGCAGGGGAGAAGGAAGAGCUAUGGUUUACAACCUGAUCAACUCAGGCAAUAGUGAUUUUAGCUUUAUUUAAGGUCUUAGGUUUGAGCUUUAAGCACUUUGUAAGACAUGGCUGCAAGCAACUUUUCUAUCAGAUUUCUAGAUAGCCAUGUUGAGUCAAUAGCCAUUGGGUAUAUUCCUUUACCUCAUGCAGUCCCAUAACUGUGGUGGUAUUUAGAGGUGAAAUAGGCAAGUGAAAGGAACACCUCUGCUGUGAAUGUUUUAGGGGAAAGAAGUCCUGAAGAUCUUGUAACUAAAAGCAAACUACAAUGUUGAAUAUGGGUAUCAGCUUUAUUCUACACUUUGACUCUUAACAUUCAUCAGUCGACUUCCACGGUCAUGAAAGUCUGCCACAGUGAUCCUGAAUAAAAAGAAACCAACUCUUACCAGGUCUUGUAUUAUGAUGUCCUACUACUUGGGUUUAGGCUGCAGGUAAAGUCCUAAGAGUGACACAAGGCCAGCUUAGCCAUAGCCCUGCACAUUUAGCGGCUGCUGCCUGGGCUGCGUGUGGCGAGGCCCUCUCUGUACCUCUACUCGGUACAUUUCCUGUCUAAAAUUUGAAUGGCCUCUCAUUCAGCUUUAUCUCUUGGACUGGCUUCUUUCUGGUUCUGUGCUGAAAUCAUCUUUCACAAAGCAGGCCUCAGUUUAUAAGCUUAGCGGGCUGCAAAAUGCACUGAAUGUCUCGGAAUGUAUGUGUGGAAAUGACCCACUAUAAGAGGCUUGCCUUGUUUCUCUCUUAAUGAUUUGAAUUUUAAUUGUUUUCCUUGUUAAGAAGGCCAGAUCCAUAUCUGUUGGUCCCCUUCAGGGUAGGAAACUAUAUAACCAUUAGGAAUGAACAGAGGCCAUAGGAAUGAACAGAGAUUUUGCCUUACACAAUUUCAUACUACAAAGCUCCCCCUCAAUGGCAAAGUAGGGAGCACCUUUUGAGCAUCUUUGAAUUUGACCAACACGGUGCUGUUGCAAAAUACAUUUUGAUUGCCAACACUAAGGUUUUUGUACAAAACAGUCACGGACAUUAUACCUUAAUCUAUGAAAAAUGUUCUUAAAUUAAUUUUUAAAUGUCUAAAUUAAGGAUUAGUGCUUUUUUUAAUGAAAGAAGAUGAAUUAUCCCAGGAUCCUUGAGAGAAAGCAAAGGGUAUUUCUACUGGUCCAUCAUGGAAUUAGAUGGGAAUAUUUGUAUUGUUUAGUUUCACCACCACUUGGGUCCCAGCAAGUUUUGUGAACUCCUCUAUUGCAUCAUCUGUUCCUAGAAGUUCUACCCUGGCGCUCUCUGUAUCAUCAGUCAUUUGACUUAGAAAGUGCCCUUCAAAGGACCCUGUUCAUUGCUGCACUUUUCAACCAAUUAAAUUCUAUUUCUGGUCUA